AUGGAUUUGGAGUUCCAAGACGUACGAGCUGAAGUCAAGGGAAUAAUGGUAAAUAGUUUUUUUAACUAUGGAAACUAGUCUCGUUAUACUAUAGUCCAUUGAAUGCUAUUGACAACAUAUCUACGAUAGGUAUUUAAAUAAUAACUACCACUGUAGGUAAAUUGAAAACUUUUUUCAAAUAUAUAUUUUGUUUGAUAAGUUGGUUAGUAGAUACUAGGUACAUUAGUAAAAGACAUUCAGAAGUAGUCGUAUUACUUUAGCAGCUCUUAUAGUACGGCUGCAGUGGCUUAUUUUACUUUGUAUUGUGGGGGGGGGAGGCGACACUAAAUUUAUUAUACACAAGCUAAUACCUAUUCUACCCUGUUUAUCUUACCAUGAAGUGUUUUUAUUUUUGUGUGUGAUGACACUUUUUUUAACAAUAUUAAAUUUGUACAUAUAUUUAUAAAGCAAAUACCUACACAAAUUAAUUGAUGGGGAUCGGGGGUCAUCGGCCCCAUCGCCCUCUUCCAAUACGCCACUAUAUGGCUGUACAUUUUUAUUUCAAAAACAUAAUUAUCCACCCCGACAUGUAUUUAAUUCCAUAGGAUUUAUUAUUAACAACCAAAUUAUAAAACAGGAUAUGUUAUAGGCUUCUACAUAUGUAGAGCUUAACACAUUUUUAUUGAAUAUUUAAUCACGUUGAGUUGAAAUUUUGACGCAAUCAGUAUUCAAAUGACAGCGGAUGUAAUGUAAAUAAUUUGGUACUCUUUUGUUUAGAAAAUCUGUUCUAUUUAUGAUGUUAAGGGUGGUUUCUAAUAUAAGUAUGAAGUACCUAUUUUAAAAUAUUAGGUAUUUAUUGAAUAAAUAUUAUAAAAAAUCAGUUUCAUAAUAAGCAUUUCAGCUAAUAUUUGUUUAUAGUUAAUAAUUUAUUUAUUACUAAUGUAUCUUGUUUAUUCUAAGUACCUAUUACUGAUGUUUCUUAUUUAUUUAUUUCAGUGUACCGGACGACUAAAGUUUACAGACCAAAAUAUUGCAUUUAAAAAUAUAAAAACGGGCAAAGUAGAACAAUUAACAUCCUCUGACAUAGAAUUUGUCAAUUGGCAAAAAUUAGUUGGUACAUGUGGUAUUAGAAUUUUUUUAAAAAAUGGUAAUCUUCAUCGUUACUCCGGCUUCAAUGAAUCUGUGAGUUAAAUGUUUAAUUUUAUAUAACAUUAUAAUGAUCAAAUUACAAAGUUACAAAUUAAUUUUAUAUGCUUAUUUGCAUGUAAUGCUCACAAGUUUAUUAUUUUGAUUAAAUAAUAAAUUUGGAUGAUAAAGUGAUAUUUUACAAUUUUGAUCAAAUGGUAACUAAUAUUUUUUGGUGCUCUUUAAAACAAUAUGUACUUAGUUGUAUUAUAUAAUGUACAAUAUUUAAGUUGGUUAUAUUAUUCAAUUUCUUUAACUUAGAAAUCUUUGUAUUUCAUUGAUCGUUCUUGAUUUAAUAUUGAGUACAUGUUAUAUAAAUACACAUUUGUUGUAUACUAUGCUUUAUCAAAUUAACUUAAAUUCAAAUAAUAUACAAUCAAAAUAAUAAUAAAAAGUGAAAUACUGAAAUCAAUUUGUUCAAAGCUUUAUUUUAUUUAUAACAAUUUUACAAUAAAUAAUUGAAUAUUUAUUAUUUUUAUAUGCGAGCUAUGGUAUUUGAACUGGGACUUAAUAUUUUCCUUCCUGUAUGUGAUUUACAUUAUUUCGUUUACAUAGGAUCAAGAUAAAAUUGCCAAAUAUUUUAAAAACACAUACCACUUGGACAUGUUGGAAAAAGAAUUAGCUCUUAAAGGCUGGAAUUGGGGUAGUGCUAAAUUUAAUGGAUCAAUCUUGAGCUUUGAUAUUGGUAGUUUGACCGCUUUUGAAUUACCUUUAAACAAUGUAUCACAGUGUACAACUGGCAAGAAUGAAGUGACAUUGGAAUUUCAUCAAGUAAAUUGAAACUAAUAUAUUUUAAAUUCCAUAGUGUGAUAAAUAUGAUAUGUUAAACCUGAAUACCUAAUAUUAAAAUAAUAAUUAAGUCCUUUAAGUAUUAUUUUAUUAUUUGUGCUAUGUUUUAUACAAAUACUAAUUUAUGUAUUUAUAAUAUAAUACAAUUUAGAACGACGAAGCACCUGUCAGUCUCUGUGAAAUGAGAUUUCAUAUUCCAACAGCUGAACUUGUGGGUGAUCAAGACCCAGUAGAGGCAUUCCAUAAUCAAGUUAUGCAGCAGGCCAGUGUUAUAUCUAUAUCUGGUGACGCAAUCGCUAUAUUUAGAGAAAUGCAAUGUUUAACGCCUCGGUAAUGAAUAUUGGAAACAAUUAUAGUAUGAUAAGUAAUUUGUAUUAACAAUAAUAAUAUUGAACAUUUAUUUAGUGGUCGUUACGAUAUAAAAGUUUUCCAAACUUUCUUCCAACUUCAUGGUAAAACAUUUGAUUACAAAAUUCCUAUGACUACAGUUCUCCGAUUAUUUAUAUUACCACACAAAGACGGUCGCCAGGUAUUCUUUGUAGUAAGUUUAGAUCCACCUAUUAAACAAGGUCAAACGAGAUACCACUAUUUGGUGUUGUUAUUUAAUAUGGAAGAUGAUACAUCUAUCGAACUUCCAUUUUCUGAGUAAGUUUAAAACUUUAAUGUAUUAUUUUAAUAUACUUCAAGUAGAUUUGUUUUUCUAUGGACCUUGCUCUAAACAGUUAAAUAAAAUAAAAUAUGAAACAUAAUAAUGUUUAACAUCAAGUUUUAAUUGGUUUUAGUGAAGAAAUUAAGUCUAAAUAUGCUGGGAAACUUACUAAAGAACUUUCUGGCCCCACAUAUGAAGUUCUUGCCCAAGUCAUGAAAGCCAUUGUGAAUAGAAAAAUAACAACACCGGCCAGUUUUAAAGGGUAAUUAUUAUAAAAUUAUAAUAUGGUAUAAUGGUAUAAAAAAUAUAUUUUGUUUUUGUUUUAUUAAAAUAUUAAUAUGUAACAUUAUAUAUGGUGUAAAUAUUUAUAUUUAUAUAAGAUAAAAAUCAAGUUAAAUAUGUCAAAAAUUUACAAAAUCCGAAAAUAUACUGUAAAAAUGUAUAAAAUCUUAUAAUAAAACAUACAUUUUGCAAAAAAAUAAAUGAAUUAAUACAAUUUUGUUGAUAGAAAGUUGCUAGAUAAUGAAACACAUUUUGAUAUUAACUAGACAUUUUUUUAACCAACCAAUAAAAACAUACAAAUUUAUAUAAAUAUCUGCCCUAAUUAUAAUAUUGUAAAAUAUUUAAUGGGUUUAAUUAUUUUUAGGCAUUCUGGUACAUCAGCCAUUGGUUGUUCCUAUAAAGCUGCUGCUGGCUAUAUUUAUCCUCUUGAAAGGGGUUUUAUUUAUAUACACAAGCCACCUAUACACAUCAGAUUUGAAGAAAUCGCUAGUGUUAAUUUUGCUAGAGGUGGCGGUAGCACCAGAUCUUUUGAUUUUGAAAUUGAACUAGUUAAUGGAGUUAUACAUACAUUUAGUAGCAUAGAGAAGGAAGAAUAUGGAAGUCUGUACGAUUUUAUCAAUGUUAAAAACCUGAGAGUGAAGAACACUGGCAAAUCAGUAAUAGAAUUGAAUGAUUUUUUUAUUUUAGUUUAUUUAUUCAUUUAGACGGCAGUUGUCCGUUUUAUUAUUAUUAUUAUCAAAAUUAUAUUUUAUUGAAUGAUUUUAAUUGUUAGGAUAAACCAGCUUACACUGGAGAUGAUUACGGUGAUUCCGAUAAUGAAGUUGAGCCUGAUGCUUACUUGGCUCGAGUCAAACUUGAAGGACAAGAACGCGAUGAAGAUGAUGAUUCAGAAGAGAGUACAGAUGAAGACUUCAAUCCCGAUGGACAAGAAAGCGAUGUCGCUGAAGAGUAUAUUUAAUAUAUAACAUUUUUAAAUGCUACAACUUAAUACAUUAAUUCUGAUAUAGGUUUGAUAGUAAUCCAUCAACAACAGACUCAGAAUCUGGUAAUGAGGAAGGUGGUGGUAGUAAAGAAAAGAAAGAUAAGAAAAAAGAUAAAAAACCUAAAUCAGCCAAAACAAUUGUAAGUAGAUUAAAAAAUAUAUAGAUAUUGUUAACAAAAUCAAUAAUUAACCCCAAUUGAUCAAUAAUAUUUGGUUUAAAAAAAUCCUUUUCAAGUGCAUUUUGACAGAAAACAUAUAUUUGCUUUUUUUAAAGGUGGUAAAAUUUUCAAAACUAUUUGAGCAAUUUUUUAGCUAUUAAUAAAUAUUUAACUUUGCGAGUUUAUUACGUAAUUUGUAUUCAAUAGGUACUCUGUAGAUAAAUAGUUGUUAUACAUAACAGAAAUACUUGAAAAUUUGAUAGAAAGUUUAUUAUAAAUCAAAUUUCGGCGAUAAUUGUAAAUAUAACUGCCUUUAAAAACUUGUAUAACCAAACUUCAUUCUUAAUUGUUAGGCAGAAAUCCAUUGAAAAAGUUAUGAUGAGUGUUAUGGUUUUUCUCAUAAACCAAAGCCGUGGGCUAAUAUAUAAAUAUUAUUUUUGUAUUUAUGUUACUUUAUACAUUGUAAGUUGGUGUACUACUUCAAAAUAUAUUUAGUUAAUAUACCUAAAUAAAAAUAUUAACAUGAAUCUUAUAAAUAAGUAUUAAAAAUAUCAUAAUUCCUAAUAAUCCCACUGAUAUCCGCCAAUGUUUCUGAUUUGUUUUUCAUUUACAAUAGUUUAUUGUUGGUUAAAGAUAUAAAUUAAACUCAAUGUAUCUACCCAAAUACCUACCUACAACAGUGGCUAAGUAUCAGCUCUUUUUGUUGUUUUAAUAGGCAUUUUGUGUGUAUUUUAUCCAUUAAAGAAUUUCAAAAAAGGUAGGUACUUGUAUUUUUGUUUGCUAGAAAAUUAUCAGCCAAAGCAGAUAUUUCAAAUUUAUUUAAUUCUAUCUUGAGUACAAAUCUAAAUUAUUCUUUUUCACAUUCAUCCCAACUAUUUAAGGGCUGACCUCCCUUUUCCUAAAUUUUCACUUGGUAGUUUGAUAUCCUACAUCGUCCUUGCAUAUACCCUCGUUCCUAUAUCAUUUAAAUAUUAUUUCAUUGCCAUUCUUUCUAUCAGUCUAUUUUUUCUCAUUUAUUAACUUGCUUAAAGCGUAUAUAAAAGUUAUUAAAAUAACAAUUUACACUUACAAUUACUUGAAAAUACUUAGAAUUUGAUCUAUAUAUCAAUAAAUAUUUUAAAUUUUUAUUUUUAAGAAAAUUCUACAAUUGAUAAAAUGUAUAUAUUUGUAAAUAUUUUUAUGUAUUUAGUCUGAAAAACCACGUAAACCCAAAAAAGCCAAAAAGCCAGAUGACGGUAGACCUAAAAGACCAGCUUCAGCUUACAUGAUAUGGUUUAAUGAAUCACGUGAGGAUAUUAAAUCCAAAAACCCUGGAAUUUCAUUUGUGGAUAUAGCAAAAAAAGGCGGUGAAAUUUGGAAAAAAAUGACAUCUAGUGAAAAAGCAGUAAAUUUCUUUAUUCUUCUUUUAUUAUCACUGUAUUGUUCUUGAUAAAAAUCAUUUAUUAAGGCUUUAAUGGUUUUUGAAUACUAUCUAUAUAAUGGUUGAUUUCUAGAAAUACGAAGAAAAAGCAGGAAAAGCAAAAGAAGAUUAUAACAGAGCUAUGAAAGAAUUCGUUGAAGGUGGUGGACAAGCAAAAUCAUCAAAACAAUCAUCUUCACAAAAAAAAGUUGCAACACCUGUAAAAAGUUUGUCAAUUGUUUCAAAAGAAUUUAUUGAAUCUGAUGAUGAUUCUUCAAGUGAUAGUGAUGGAAAAAACAAGUCUAAACUAAAAUCCAAACAGGUUGGAUUAUUUAUUUCAAAAAUACAAAUACUUUAAAUUUAAUAAUUGUGUAUAAUUUUAAAUAACAAUGUAUUUUCUUUUUAGAAACCUUCAGAUAAUUUAAGUGAUGAUAAUAAAUCCAAAUCCAAGCAGUCAACCAAAAAGACUAACAAAGAACCUUCUAAAUCUUCUAAAGUGAAGAAGGUAAGUGUAUGUACUAUUUUAUAAUAUUAUAAUUUCAAGUUGAUCAAUCAAUCUCUUAGAAGUUGGUGGUGACAAAUAGUUUUUGGUGUUUUUAGAAUAAGAAUAAGAAUUUUUUUGUUUUGUUUUCUGGGUUACCUUGGCAAAUCAGAUGAAAAAUAAAAGUUAUUAUUAAUUGAUUUGGGUGUCACGGGCAAGGAAGUACCCUUUUUAAAAAACAAGUUACCGAGCAUCAACUGAGAUAGAAGCACCUUUUAUUUUAUAAACUAUGUAAUAAUUGUUAUUUUUUUGUUCUGCAGAAGUCAUCUGAAGAUUCUAGUGAAGAAGGGGUAAAUUCAGAUGAUUUGAGUGAUGACAACAAACCUAAAUCCAAACAAAUAUCCAAAAAGACUGAAAAAUUUUCUAAAGCCAAAAGACAAAGAGUAUUAACUAUUUUAUAAUAACUAAUAAUUAAUAAACUAAUAAAUAAGACUUAAUAAACUGAGUGAUUGAUAAAUGUGUAUGUGUAUGCAGGAAUCAUCUGAUGAAUCUAGUGAAGAAGAGAAAAAACCAUUAAAAAAAAAGAACAAAAGUGAAUCAGAGGAAGAUGAUGAUACUAGUGAAAGCCCAUCAGAUAUUAGUGAUUCUGAUUAA